CCGUAAACCUUGUUCGACUACUACCAGUCUACCACGCUUCUUAGCAGAACGCGUCAUCCUACGCAUUCGAUAUCUUGUCCGUAACCUUGAAACAUGGAAAUUGAUCCUUUGGCCGAUGCCCUUCCGCCACGUUACGCCAUCGAGUCCGAUGACGAGGAUGAAUACAACCCACUAACCACCCAACGAGCUGAUCAGGUUCCGAUUGUGAAAAUAAAAAUCGAAGGCCAAUUCACCACUGGCUGUCCCCUUGUCAUCGCAUCAGGCCGUGCAGGAAAUUUUUGGGCUGAUGGCGCAGACCUAGGGGAACAGCAGGGCGCAAUAUUCGUCAACAAUAUUCCGGUGGGAUUUCUUUUUAAACCCUCAUCAACCCGUACGGUUGUACUGGUGUCCGAGGCUACUACGACGUUGCCGUUAUGGUCCAUGAACAAGUAUGUGAAUGAUAUCCUGGAUCGCCUCCAACCAUCCGCCAUUUCCAUCCUCGAUACGUAUCGCAUACAAAGCUACAUUUCAUCAGAGCCCUUGCCUGUGCAUGAAGCGCCCGUUCGCUAUUUGUCUCUACGGAACAUAUCCUUGGAUCCCUUCCAAAAUUUUGCGCCUCCAAAUAUUCUCCAGUCGAUAUCGGCAGCAUUUAUGUCUGCGAUGAACAUACGCACCCUAUCUUCGUCCUAUCAAAGUAAUGCAGUGAUUUUACUCCUUCCCUCACCAGGGGUACCUCGCACCACGCCAUCCAAACUAUUAACUAGUAGACUUUCACGACCGUCAGAAGAUCAAGCAUGGUCGGUUGAAAUGAUGGUGGAAGUGGACGAAAAGUUGUUUGGGGUAGUUGGCGCGAAACGAUCCGGUACUUGGGCACUCAGAAGUACACCUGCAGGGAGUGGAUUUGGUUUGUCAAAAAAGAGGCAGAACCUUGCGGAGGUUGGUGAGGGCAGCAUGUACAUAUGAUUGUUAGAAGUUCAAGAAGUAGGCUUUCGGCAUAACUCAAAUGAAAAUAAAAGUGUCUUCAUGUCUUCCGUGUCGAUGAAAUCGCGUUGUUCACAGACACCAGAAGACAAG